AUGAUGAACCGAUUUCGAAAAAGCAAAAAGGCCAAGGAGGCCAUGGAGGAUUCAGAAGGGGGAUCACCAGCAUUCAGCCUGAAAACACCAAAGAAGAAGGAACAGGAGCCGGAACAAGAACUAAACUUCGAUCUCUCCGACGCACUCCCCUCAACAGACAACUUCCGCACCAGUCUUUUAAUGCCCAAGUUAUCCGCCCGCUUUAGCAUGCUGAAGGAACAGGACGACCCCCUCUCCUUGAUUGGAAAGGCCAGUGAUGACAGCGUGCUGUUCCCCAAGCGUGCCUCGCGCCUCAACUUAUUCGGUCACAAUCCAGCCAUGCUGGCGGAUAUCGACGAAUGUUCCUCCAAUGACGGCAGCAGGCCCUCCCUCGCACUUGGCCGAACCGAUUCAUUUGCUUCCGGCGGGGAUGGAUAUGGCACAGACGAUGAUCGAUCCCAAGCGGGGAGCAUGAUGAGCCGAGCCCGUCGAGCGGACGGCAAUAAUUUGUUUGGAGGGCGCCAGAAGGUUUAUAAGAUCCCGGUCCGAUCCCCGGCAGGACCACCCGAUGCGACGGAGGCUGCUCGCCGGGGGAUGGGGAAACCUGUCUACGAUCACGACCUGAACCUCUCUGCGUUCCAGCGCCUGCGCCUCAAGGAGAAGGAGGAGAGAGCGGCGGAGGCGAUGCGCGAAGCGGCCGCUAGGGAAUCUGGAUAUGCUGCUUCCACGGCCUCAUCUAAUAAUAGUAGAGCCACAUGCUCCUCCACAGCGUCUGUUCCCCUGACAAACGGCAGCACGUCGACUGCACCCACCUCGGUCGACGAAUCGCCAUUAAACACAUCUCAAGGCCCCGCGAAUGGGUAUCCCUUUCCCGAAACUGUCGCCGAAGCCUCUCGACCGGGGUCAGCCAUGUCUACCCCACGGAAUGGUUCGAUUCGCAAUCGCCGUCUCUACGGACAAGGAUUGACCCAAGCUGCACAAAGCCAGCAAUCAUCAACCUUGCACCGCUUGGAGAGUUUGAGUCGCCAACGCGCCGGCACUCCAGACCUGCCCUCCUUGAAUCGUAACUAUUCCCGGAGCGCAACAAACCUCCGUGACCGCUUGCAAAAGCUUGCGAUUGUCGAGCCGGCUUCGACAUCCCAUCCAACCAGCCCUCCUUCCUCCGCGACCUCCCCCAAGCCCCGGGUUUCCGGAGAGUCGGCACUGAGGGAUCGCCUGUCCCCUACGGCAGCGACAUUCGGAGGUGCUCCCCCGUUGAGCCCACCCACAAGCGAAAAUGAUGAUGUAGCUUCAUUGUUGGCUGCAUCAAUCCACCCAGAAGAUCAUGGCAAGGCCACUGCAAUGGGCCUGUUCAACCGACCGGCAACUGGUUUCGACGAGCAGGCAUUCUCCCGCCGUCAACUCCAGAUGCACCAAGGGCGAGAGACCCCACCUCCGCGACGUGCGUCGCCCCCGCGUCGACCUCUACCCGCCGAACCCGCCGGCCGCGCAAGGGGACUUUCCAAGUCAAGUUAUCGCUCCCGGGCAGAGUCUGCUUCGUCACACUACAGCAGUGAUGCGCACCGUGGUGUUGACUAUUCUCGCGCAUCCAGUGUCGAGGCUUCUCCCUUCAAACCGGGAAUGGGAACUUUCUAUGCUGCGUCGAUCAACAGUGAAUCGGGUGAUGAGGGAGAUGACCAUCGUUCACAUGAGCUCUCCUCUACAACCUCCCUGGCUACGGAAAACGGCCAAUCGCUUCACCAUAAUGGGGUAGCAUCUAGCAAACCGCCGACUCCGACAAAAGACCACCUCGAGACGCUCCCCGAAGUGAGAUACUCGGAUCUUGGUGAUCUUAAGCCCAUUGAUGAAAACGAGCUCGAUGCCGUUUCGCAUGACAUUAGUGAUGAUACUCCUAAAAGACCUGAUUCGCCUACUUUGCAGCCGGAUCAAGGUCUCGGGGAUAUGGGUGGAUUGGUCCGAUCUCACUUGCGCCAGCAGAGUGAUAAAUCGUCCAUUUUCCCUCCUCCCUCGCCUCGUUUCCCGGAGGGCAAGGAAUCGCUUCUUCCCAGCAUCGAACCACAUGAGCCGCUCUUCCCGCAGCAGACUAAUACAUCCACGGAAGAGCAGGCCCGCGAAGAAGCUAGGCCGGCAUCAGCCCAUCGCCCUGGGACAUCCAGCUCCCUGGCUCCCUCUGGACAUUCUGCAGAGGGAACACGCUCACGGUCCAGCGAAGAUUCAUCUGCCCAUGCUUCCACCCCCGACACAGCUUCAGCCUCGAAUGGUUUGUCGUGGAGAGAGGAACUGGAACAACACCACCGUCGUCACGGAAGCACUGAAACCCAGAGGGAGCGGGAGGAGUUUGCAAUCGAGCUUGCAGAAAGACGUCGAAAGGUACAGGAAAAGCUGCGCAGUGUUGCUGAGUGUGAAAGUCGCUCAGCCAGUCCAACCCCAGGCCGCUCAACGCCAGACUUCUCUCGUACUGGCAACGCAUUUGCUAUGCUGAAGCAAAAGUCUAACAGGCAGGCUGGCCCAAAGCAGGAUCAGAAGAAAAUCUUUGGUUAUGGCAAUGCCAACUCGUCCACACCUGCCCUUCCUUCUGAUGACUCUUGGCGCGAGGAGGAGCGUCCCUCUUUCAGCUUCGGACGCCACUCCAAUUCCAGCUCUCCCCAUAUUGGAUCCGAGCGUUCGCUUAGGUCCCGGCUGCCAACUCUCAGCCGGAACAGCAGCAACGAAGACUCGCGCGAGUCCAGCCGCAGCCGCAAUCACUCUCCCUUCCGAUCCCAGAGAGACCGUGCGGGCUCUGAUGCAUCAGGUCGUUCCAAGAGCCGAACCAGACUUCGCGAGCGGGAUGAUCUACAGACUGUGGACGAAGGCUCAGUCAUUGCGCAUGAUAACUUUGUAGGCCCUGAGGGCUUCGAGCCCCCCAUGCCCAUGUCGCGCCCUGGCUCGACCCGUCCUUCAAUCGAGAUGACCGAGCCGAACGUCGACCGUGCCCCGUCCACCUCGUCCGCCAGACAACGCAGCACGAGCCAAUCCGGCACUCCGGGCUACCAGUACGAACGACCAUUCCAGUUCUCGCAGUCCAACACAUCUUCAAUCAUCGGUGCUUCGCCCCGGGCCCCACCCGCUACCCCAGCCUACUCCACCAACACCACACCUCCCCUAACCGAAAUGCCACCAGACAUUUCGUCCACAUCCCUGGUUUCCACAGCCAGCAACCCCCAGUCUCACGCGAUCCCCGAGCGCGGCACAGGCAGCGGCUCCCUCCUCAAGCGCACAGUCAACAAGAAGCAGAUCUCCGAGCCAACCUUCGUCUCAUCAACAUCAAACGUUCCUCUCAUCGGCCUUCCUCCAGGAUCCGCCCAGUCUUCGCCUAGCACCGCGCCUCCCUUGCCUCCCAUGAACCCGCGACGCCGACGCGGAACAGCCACGCAAACCAUCCUGAACGCGUUCAAGAGCGACAAGUCCGAGUCGCGCGUCUCCUCUCCCGCGUUCAGCACGAACGAAGAACACAGUAUCUUCCCAGACGAAGAGAAGCGCCCUCAGUCUCGCAACCGUCUCCACAAGACUUCCAGCGACGGUGGGAACCUGCACGCCCGGGCGCGCCAGGAAUCAAUGACCGGUACCCCACCGGCUAUCCCUCAAUACCCGCCUCCGUCUAUUCCUGUUGAAGGGGGCAUGUUCUGA